CCCAAACCCAAUUAAUAGAAAGCUUCUAUCUUCAAGAUUUCAUCAUCUCAGAAACAUAUUCCUGUGUUAUCAUCAGACAGGUAGCAAAUCUAAGCAAAGCCAUGUUGGGUCUUAUUCACACGUUCUUGAAUCUUGUAGCUCCUCCUUUCACCUUCUUCUCCCUCUGCGUUUUCCUGCCACCCUUUUAUCUCUUCAAGUCCUUCUCCUAUGUCCUGAGCUCCAUUUUCAGUGAAAAUCUCAAAGGAAAGGUCGUCGUCAUAACCGGGGCCUCCUCUGGUAUUGGAGAGCACUUGGCUUAUGAGUAUGCGAAGAGAGGGGCACGGUUAGCCCUUGUUGGGAGGAGUGAAAACGCACUCAGAGAAGUUGUUGAUCGAGCAAGUGAUUUUGGCUCUCCAGAUGUUCUCAUGAUACGUGCAGAUGUUUCCAAGGUUGAGGACUGCAAGAGAAUAGUUGAUGACACCAUGAACCACUAUGGAAGGCUAGACCAUCUGGUGAACAAUGCUGGGAUCACUUUACUUAGCAUAUUGGAAGACGCAACUGAUAUCACCAACUUCAGAACCAUCAUGGACACAAACUUCUGGGGCUCGGUUUAUACCACUCAUUUUGCACUUCCACACCUGAAAAGCAGCAAAGGUAAAAUCGUGGUACUUUCGUCGUCUGCUUCAUGGCUACCUAUACCAAGACAAAGCAUUUAUAAUGCAAGUAAAGCAGCUCUACUAAGCAUGUACGAGACACUGAGGAUUGAAUUUGGGCCAGACAUCCAAAUUACAAUCGUGACUCCUGGAUUCAUAGAGUCUGAGCUGACCCAAGGCAAGUUCUUAAUGAGUGAAGGCAAAAUGACUGUUGAUCAAGAUUUGAGAGAUGCCCAAGUAAGUGCAACUCCAGUUGCUAAAGUGGAAGGAUGUGCCAAAUCAAUCGUGAACAGCGCUUGUCGUGGGGAUAGGUACUUGACGGAGCCGGCAUGGUUCAGGGUGACAUACUUAUGGAAGGUGUUUUGCCCUGAGCUACUUGAGUGGGGUUACAGACUGAUUUAUAUGAAUAGGGCGGGCUCAUCUGCCAGAGAUGCACCUAGCGAGAAGAUCUUGGAUUACACAGGAGCCAAGAAUGUGCUUUACCCUGAGAGCCUCCAUACUCCUGAAGUCAAAACAGACUGAUCAAAACUAGUACUUCGGAUUUAAGGAUGUGAAAUGGUUACCAAGUUAUAUACAUAUAUAUAUAUAUGUG